AUGUCCCAGCUCUCCUCCACCCUGAAGCGCUACACAGAAUCGGCCCGUUAUACAGAUGCACCUUUCACCAAAUCGAGCUAUGGCACCUACACUCCCUCUUCCUACGGAGCCAACCUGGCUGCCUCCUUCCUGGAGAAGGAGAAGCUUGGUUUCAAGCCCAGCCCCCCCACCAGCUAUCUCACCCGUCCCCGUACCUAUGGCCCCCACUCCAUCCUGGACUAUGACCGAGGCCGCCCCUUGCUGAGACCCGACGUCAUCGGGGGUGGUAAGCGGGCGGAGAGCCAGACUCGGGGCACUGAGCGGCCUUCAGGGAGUGGCCUCAGUGGGGGCAGCGGAUUCCCUUAUGGAGUGACCACCAGCUCCCUCAGCUACCUGCCUGUCAGUGCCCGUGACCAGGGGGUGACCCUGACCCAGAAGAAGUCAAACAGUCAAUCAGACCUGGCCCGGGAUUUCUCCAGCCUCCGGACCUCAGAUAGCUACCGGCUGGACUCUGGGAACCUGGGCCGCAGCCCCAUGCUGGCCCGCACGCGCAAGGAGCUGUGCGCCCUGCAGGGCCUGUACCAGGCAGCCAGCCGCUCCGAGUACCUGGCCGACUACCUGGAGAACUAUGGUCGCAAGGCCAGCGCACCUCAGGUGCCCACCCCGACCCCUCCCUCACGAGCCCCUGAAGUCCUCAGCCCCACCUACCGACCCAGUGGCCGUUACAGUCUGUGGGAGAAGGGCAAGGGCCAGGCCCUUGUGUCCAGCCGCUCCAGCUCCCCAGGGCGAGACACCAUGAAUUCCAAGAGCGCCCAGGGUCUGGCUGGUCUUCGAAACCUUGGGAACACGUGCUUCAUGAACUCCAUUCUGCAGUGCCUGAGCAACACGCGGGAGCUGAGAGACUACUGCCUGCAGCGGCUCUACCUGCGGGACCUCAGCCACAGCAGCCGUGCCCACACGGCCCUCAUGGAAGAGUUUGCAAAACUAAUCCAGACCAUAUGGACCUCAUCCCCCAAUGACGUGGUGAGCCCCUCUGAGUUCAAAACCCAGAUCCAGAGAUACGCACCGCGUUUCGUCGGCUAUAAUCAGCAGGAUGCUCAGGAGUUUCUUCGCUUCCUUCUGGAUGGGCUGCACAAUGAGGUGAACCGGGUCACAGCGAGGCCCAAGUCCAACCCUGAAAACCUCGACCAUCUGCCUGAUGAUGAGAAAGGGCGCCAGAUGUGGAGAAAGUAUCUAGAGCGGGAGGACAGUCGGAUCGGGGAUCUCUUUGUUGGGCAGCUGAAGAGCUCCCUGACGUGCACUGAUUGUGGCUACUGUUCUACGGUCUUUGAUCCCUUCUGGGACCUCUCUCUGCCCAUUGCUAAGCGAGGUUAUCCUGAGGUGACGUUAACGGACUGCAUGAGGCUCUUCACCAAAGAAGACGUGCUUGAUGGCGAUGAAAAGCCGACGUGCUGUCGCUGCCGAGCCAGAAAACGGUGUAUAAAGAAGUUCUCCAUCCAGAGGUUCCCAAAGAUCUUGGUGCUCCAUCUGAAGCGGUUCUCAGAAUCCAGGAUACGAACCAGCAAGCUCACAACAUUUGUGAAUUUCCCACUAAGAGACCUGGACUUGAGGGAAUUUGCCUCAGAAAACACCAACCACGCUGUUUACAACCUGUACGCUGUGUCCAAUCACUCCGGAACCACCAUGGGCGGCCAUUACACAGCCUACUGCCGAAGUCCGGUGACAGGCGAGUGGCACACUUUCAACGACUCCAGCGUCUCCCCCAUGUCCUCCAGCCAAGUGCGUACCAGCGACGCCUACCUGCUCUUCUACGAGUUGGCCAGUCCACCCUCCCGCAUGUAG